AUGGCUCCCUCCACUCGCAGGAACAGCCAAUUGGCAAAGAAGAUCGCCACCCUCCAACUCCGCCUCGCACCGCUUGUCUCCCUCCCAGCAGGCCCACCACAUCCAGCUUUCCCCAAAACACUAAUGGCAUUCCACCUCCUCACCGAGGACGAACUAGACAGCAUCGCACACUACUACCACCAAUCCACCCCCGGCCCCUGGACAAACCACUACCCGGCAAACAUGAACUGGGACAAAGCCUUCCUCGCCAAACCUUCUCCCAUCACCACCACCACCGCCACCACAAAACCCCCUCCAACUCCUACCACGCCACGCCGUCAGAAGCAACAAGUAAGCAAAGACGAAAACGUCUGGCUGGAAGACCUGAUGAAGACGGUGGAGGAUCUCUCCGCUCCGGUGCCGGCGAGUCAGAGUGGCGGGGAUCCGAACAAUCCGUAUGCUGGGCUGACGGAGAAGGAGCGGAUCCGGAUCAAGAGGAGGAAGGUGGGCAAGUUCAUUGGGUUGGUGGGCAUGGAGACUCCGGUGGAGGAGAUUGCGGGGAGGAUCCAGAUGAGUCUUGAUCGGGCUGUGGAGCGCAGUCGGGAGGAGUUGCGGAGGAACGAAUUGGUGAUGCUGCGGAGGAAGAAGAUGGCUUGA